AAAACAAACCUAACCUAACCUCAAACCUCAGUAAAAUUUUUUGAAAACUAGAAAUAUGGCAUUAUUAUCAAUAAAAAGACUGCCGAUUACAGGUUUAUUGACAAAUAUCAUCAGAAAUUCUUCUAGUACCCUUAACAAUGAUGCCCCUAGUUUUGACAUGGAAAACCCUUUCGAGAAAGAAAAGGUUACAUGUAUAUUAUGCAGGACAGGCGUACCAGUGGAUUACAAGAACGUGAAACUAUUAUCGCAAUUCCAGUCAUCAUAUACAGGAAGAAUUUACGGGAGGCACAUAACAGGCUUGUGUAAGAAACAACAGGAGAUUGUCGAGAGGGAAAUUAUUAAGGCACAGACUGCUGGGUUGAUGGCUAGCUAUUUAAAACAUCCCGAUUUUCUCGAGGAUCCUAAACUUUUUGAUGUAGAAAAUCCAAUAAGACCCCAUAGAUUCUAGUAUAUUUUUUCAGCAAUAUUUGUAGAGUAGGAACCACUAUAUUAAUGUAAUAAUUGAUAUUUAGUUUGUAAAAUAGGUUGAUACUGCUUUAUUGUUGGAAUUCUAUAUAAUAGUAUCACAUUGUCUAUAGAAAACUGAAGUAUUUAAUUAAAUAAUAGUAAAAUGAAAUAAUUGAAUA